CUCAUGAAAUCUUUCCUAAAAUGCAUGCAAGAGAAAACUCAUAUAGGGAUGGCAGUAGCAGUCUUCGUCUCCGUCUGCGAGUCAAUUUCUUUCUAUAUAUCAGUCUUACUCUCCAUCUAUAACCCUCAUACUCAAUUUCUUUCUAUUGAUAUGCAUAAAUGCAUUUACCCAAUCAAAUCUCUGCACGAUAUCUUCUUCUUCUUCCUAUUAAAGAUCCCGAUAUUCGCUCCAUAACUUAAUCAAAUCAUUAAAACCCUUCACAGUUCCAAAACCCUUGCUUUUUCUUUCCCUCAACCCUUUCAAUCUCCAUCCCUCGUCUUUCUUUAUCCCAUUCUUUCAACAUUGAAACAUGGAGCAGAGAAACAACCGUUACCAAUUCCAAUCGGCACCUUUUGAGGCUUCCGUUCGCCACCUUAAUCAACGCCAUCGGCGGCCUCAAACUUCCUCACAAAACUCUUGCCAUGAUAUCAUUGAAUCUUUAUUUUCUCGCCUCAGUGUCUCUCAUCAUAACGGCCAACCUUCGUUUCUGGCUUCUUAUGGUGAUCUCUUUGUUGGGUCAGCUCUUGAUCAUCCCUCUGUAGCCGGACAGCCGAUUUCAUUUCAAGGCAUGGGACAAAAUCUACAGAACAAUGGUGUAAACGCUUGUCUGUCUAUGGGAUUACAUGAUUAUGUAAGUUAUCCUGAUAUGCUUGGCUCUAAUAUUGAUUUCUGGGAUAGUUUUAUUCCUGACGUUAACGGACUCUUGAGGGCUGAUUCAAGUGGAUUUUCAAACGGUUCCAUAAAUGGCUACUAUCUGCCAAAAAGCCAGAAUUCUGUUAGGUCUAGUUUGUAUAAUAAGAGGCCUCAUCGGCUGCAAGAAUCUUCCAAUUACUUGCCUUUGGAGAAUUUGAGGGGUAGGAUUUUGAGAUUUGCAAAGGAUCAAAAUGGUUGUAGAUUGUUACAGAGCAUCCUUGGAAGCGUAACGCAGGAGGGAAUUGACAUGGUAUUUUUGGAGGUGAUAGACUAUGUGGGUGAGUUAAUGCUGGACCCAUUUGGGAAUUAUGUCGUUCAAAAGCUUGUGGAGGUGUGUAGUGAGGAACAGAGGACUCAGAUUCUGCUAACGGUGACUAAAAGCGAAUUUCAACUUGUUAGGAUUUGUCUUAACAUGCAUGGAACUCGCGCUGUACAGAAGCUGUUGGAACGUAUUACCUCCCAACAGCAAGUCUCUGUAGUUAUGUCAGCUCUAAGCCUUGGUGCAGUUGCACUGGCGAAGGACAUGAAUGGUCAACAUGUAAUCAAACAUUGCUUAGAGCAUUUCUCUGAUGAAAACAAUAAGUAUCUUCUGAAUGUGGUGGCGGAUAACUGCUUUGAAAUUGCAACAGAUAAAAGUGGAUGCUGUAUACUUCAACAAUGUGUUGAAUUCUCUAAAGGAGAAGCUAGAGAUCGUCUGGUGGCUGAGAUAACAGCAAAUGCACUACUCUUGGCAGAAGAUGGAUAUGGCAACUAUGUAGUACAGCAUUUACUGGGAUUGAAGGUCCCACAAAUCACAGCAAAUCUUCUUAGACAACUUGAGGGGAGCUAUGCUGCUCUUGCCUGCAACAAGUAUGGCAGCAAUGUUGUGGAAAAGUGCUUGUUUGAGUCAAGAGAGGAGCAAUCUACCCAAAUUAUUUGGGAGUUGCUAGGGAGCCCAAAUGCUUCUAUGCUCCUUGUGGAUUCUUUUGGAAACUAUGUCAUCCAGUCUGCAUUAUUAGUAUCUAAGGGACCAGUCUUGAGAGCUUUGCUAGCACUGAUUCAAAUAAACAUUCCAAGAAUGCGCAGCAACAUUUAUGGCAAAAAAGUGCUUUCUCGGCUCCGCAGGAAGAGGCUGCCAUAUCUGUAGACAUGUGCAUUUUUGUGGAAGUACUUUAAUCAAAAGAAUUCUGCAAAUGUAAGUUCCAGGUGUAUGAUUUUGUUGUUUUCAAUUAGCUGUUGUUGAGUUUGGUUCAUAACCGUCCUUGUAUGCUUCAGCAAGGUGGUGGUUAUGUAUUUGUAGUUUGUCACUUAUAAUUUUGAGAUGUGGAAGGAUGUAGCAUUGGAACAAGGUGGUGAUUAAAGAAGUGAUGGACAAUCUGCUCCUCAAUAGGAACUAACUUGAAUUUUGUGUAUGCUUCCCAAUAAAAAGGGAUGAUACAAGUGAUUUUUUACAGGAUUUUUUUUUUCAGAUAAUCCCACUGUUGCUUGUGAUACGUUUGUACUCUAAAAGUCCAUAAUUAUUUCAUUUACUAAAGAGCAGUUUGAUUA